AUGGCAGAUGGUCCUUCGGUAGGCAAGAACGAAGCCCCAAUCGCAGCUGCCAGAGGAAUCGGCAAGCUCGACGGCCGGGAAAAGCAGAAAUUAAUAGAAAAUGGGGUCCUUCCUGUUUUGGUCAUGAUGCUUCAUAACCAGGACUAUGACUCCACUGAAGCUGCUCUGUUUGCUCUGCUCAAUCUUGCCUUUGGAAAUGAAAGGAACAAGGUUCGCAUAGUACAGGCAGGGGCAGUGGCGGGCAUGCUCGACAUCCUCCAGUGGCGGAAGUCGAGCCUAAUGGAGCUGUCUCUGGCGGGCCUUUCGGUCCUCUCAACUUGCUCGGUCAACAGGAUGGAGAUUGCGUCAUUAGGGGCAGUUCGGGCCCUGAUCGGGAUUCUGGACUCGCGGCUCACCGUCCGCCAGACCAUAAGCAACCGAGGGAUGCUCCAUAUCCUCUCAACUCUGCAAAACCUCUCGACUUGUGUGAAGGUGGUCCCCUCUUUUGUGGAAGCCGGUGGCCUCAUCACGCUCGUUCAGCUGAUUUACGGUGUCGACAAUUCGUCCGAGCUUGCUGAGAAGGCUAUGGGUUUGCUGGAGACCAUUGUUUCAUCGUCCGAAGUUGCCUUGGAUCAGGUUUCGGAGGUGAUCUCGAUGUUUGUGGAGUGCGUGGAGGAAGGGUCAAUGGCUUGCCAAGAGCAUGCGGUAGGGAUAUUGCUUAUGAUAUGCAGAAGGUGUCGGGAGAGGCAUCGAGGGAUGAUCCUCCGACAUGGGGCAAUGCCAGGGCUGAUGCAAUUGAGCGUGGAUGGGACUUGGGCUGCCCGUGACAAAGCCAAAGCCUUAAUUGAUCUACUUAGGGACACGUCGUCUUCUCGUGGUAGGGACUCGCAUAACGCGGCCUUAGAGGAGGUUAUGAGGCGGAUUGAUAUGGAUGACAAUCUUGUCGAGGAGAUGAUCGCCAAGCUUAGGACAUCAACUGUGGAGGAGUAA